AAAAUUGGACAUUGUAAGAUAUCCAAUGGGGAGCUAUGAAUGGCCAAAAUGGCUUUUAUCAUAGUGAUUCAAUUUCUUCGGCUACUACAUACAUUAUUUCCUAUAAAUAAGGUUGUAACGGCCAUGAGUUUUUUGGUUUUCCAUUUUCAUGGAAACCUAUAGAGACAUUUGCGCUUGACCAUACCCAAACUUAUACUGAAUCAUCCACACACCCCGCCGUCACUCCUAUCGCCACCGCCCUCCUCCUCCUCCUGCCCUCCGUUUAUGGCCAGUUUCAUCAUUUUUCUAAACCCCCCAUAGAAAAUAAAAAGAUUGCAAAUUUAUUGUUUUUUUAUUUGUGUCCUUUCUUGUUUUCGUUUUAGUUUUGAUACAAAAUUUUAACGUGAAUUCCCUUGUAUUUUGUUUGAUCUUCCAAGACUUUUAUUUUGCGGUGUUUAAGGAAGAAGAGAUUAGCAGUCCGCUAUUACGAUGGCGGACAUAGUGAAACAAAUUCUAGCACGGCCAAUACAAUUGGCAGACCAGGCAACAAAAGCGGCUGACGAGGUAUGUAAUUUCAAGGCUGAUUGUAUGGAGAUCAAAGCCAAAACAGAGAAGCUUGCCGCGCUCCUAAGACAGGCAGCACGCGCGAGUAAUGACUUGUACGAGCGUCCAACGCGUCGAAUCAUCGAUGACACGGAACAGGUUUUGGACAAGGCACUCACCCUCGUAAUCAAAUGUUGUGCCAGGGGAUUGAGUCGUGUUUUCACCAUCAUCCCUACUGCUGCAUUGAAGAAAACGGCACAGCAGCUUGAGAAUUCAUGUGGUGAUGUUCAAUGGUUGUUACGUGUGUCGACUCCAGCGGAUGACCGUGAUGAUGAGUAUCUCGGGCUACCUCCUAUUGCAGCUAAUGAACCGAUAUUGUGUCUGAUAUGGGAACAGAUUGCGAUUUUGUGUACAGGGUCGUUGGAGGAACGUUCUGAUGCGGCGGCCUCGCUUGUGUCGUUGGCUCGGGACAAUGAGCGAUAUGGGAAGUUGAUUAUAGAAGAAGGCGGGGUUGCACCGUUGUUGAAAUUGGCCAAAGAAGGACGAAAGGAGGGUCAGGAAAACGCGGCGAGGGCUAUUGGCCUUCUUGGUCGAGACCCUGAAAGCGUUGAACAAAUUGUGAAUGCAGGUGUUUGCUCUGUGUUUGCCAAGAUUCUAAAAGAUGGGCAUAUGAAAAUUCAGGUUGUAGUGGCUUGGGCAAUUUCAGAACUGGCUGCUAAUCACCACAAAUGUCAAGAUCAUUUUGCUCAAGCAAAUACUAUUAGGUUAUUGGUUAGUCAUCUUGCUUUUGAGACAAUUCAAGAACACAGUAAGUAUGCUAUUGCUAAAAAACAACAGAACAUGUUGAUACACACAGCUGCUGCGAUGGCCCAAUCUAAUACUUCUAGUACUAGCAAAAUCAGUGAUUAUGGAGGUAAGGUUGAUGAUAAUGACAAUAGAACUCAUAGUAAAAUUCCUCACCCUGUAGAUAAACAACCAGCCAACCAAAUGCAUAAUUUGGUUGAAAGUGCCAUGGCAAUGAAAUCCCAGGUACAGAAUCAGGCUAACAAUCCUAUUGCGGGUCAAAAUCAGCAGCAACAUCGACAAAACCCGAAUCAGCAGAAGAAUCACCAUGUUGGAUUGACAGGGACUAGCAUUAAAGGGAGAGAAUUUGAAGAUCCUGCGACAAAAGCUGAUAUGAAAGCAAUGGCUGCCAGAGCACUUAGACAUCUUUCUGCAGGAAAUGUUAGCAUUUGUAGCAAUAUUACAGAAUCCCGAGCUCUUUUAUGCUUUGCUGUCUUGCUAGAGAAAGGCCCUGAAGAAGUACAAUAUCAUUCAGCCAUGGCGCUCAUGGAAAUCACAGGCGUUGCUGAGCAAAAUUCUGACUUGAGACGUUCUGCUUUCAAGCCCACUGCACCUGCUGCCAAAGCCGUGGUUGAUCAAUUCUUGAGAAUUAUCAACCAGGGAGAUUCAGAAUUGCUCUGUCCAAGCAUCAAAUCUAUAGGACAUCUAGCCAGGACCUUUCGAGCAACAGAAACAAGAAUGAUUCGUCCAUUGGUGGCUCGGUUAGAUGAUAGGGAACCAGAUGUAACUAGGGAAGCUGCAAUUGCACUCAACAAAUUUGCUUCCUCUGAUAAUUUCCUCAGAGUCGAUCACUGCAAGGCCAUAAUUCAGGCAGGAGGCACCAAGCACCUAGUACCACAUGUUUACUUUGGUGAACAAAUGGUUCAGGUUCCUUGUUUGAUUCUCUUGAGUUACAUAGCAAUGCAUGUGCCUGAUAGUGAGGCAUUAGCUGAUGACAAUGCACAUAUAGUUUUGGAGUGGUCUACAAAGCAGGCACACCUAAUGCAAGAUCCUAUAGUUGAAGAACUAGUGAACAAAGGCAGAGAAAGCAUGGAACUUUAUCAGUCCAGAGGCUCACGGCUGUGAACCUAUCAACUUGUAUAAUACUUCCUCAGUACGUCCAAAAUUUAGGUUAAAAUUCGAGGCCCACUUUAUCUUGGACCAAAGUUGAUGCUAUCAUGUGUAACAGAACAACAUCACCUCCCAAAUCGAAAGGCAAAUGGCAACACAGAUACAGUGUAGAAUGCUUGGCGCUGUCCAAGAGACCGGUAGAGAUAGGUAA